AUUCAUUAUUAAACAUGGGUGCAUUUUUGGAUAAACCCAAAACUGAGAAACAUAACGCUCAUGGUGCUGGGAAUGGUUUACGUUAUGGCCUGAGCAGCAUGCAAGGAUGGAGAGUGGAAAUGGAAGAUGCACACACAGCUGUUGUAGGUAUUCCUCACGGCUUGGACGACUGGUCAUUUUUUGCAGUUUAUGAUGGUCACGCUGGAUCUCGAGUAGCAAAUUACUGCUCGACACAUUUAUUAGAACACAUCACUAACAAUGAAGACUUUAGGGCAGCUGGGAAAUCAGGGUCUGCUCUUGAGCCCUCAGUGGAAAAUGUCAAGAGUGGCAUCAGAACUGGCUUUUUGAAAAUUGAUGAAUACAUGCGUAACUUUUCCGACCUCAGAAAUGGAAUGGACAGAAGUGGUUCAACUGCAGUGGGGGUCCUGAUUUCACCCAAGCAUAUCUACUUUAUCAACUGUGGUGAUUCACGUGCUGUUCUGUACAGGAAUGGACAAGUCUGCUUUUCCACCCAGGAUCACAAACCUUGCAAUCCAAGGGAGAAGGAGCGAAUCCAAAAUGCAGGAGGCAGCGUAAUGAUACAGCGUGUUAAUGGUUCAUUAGCAGUGUCUCGUGCUUUGGGGGACUAUGAUUACAAGUGUGUUGAUGGCAAGGGCCCAACAGAACAACUUGUUUCUCCAGAGCCCGAGGUUUAUGAAAUUUUAAGAGCAGAAGAGGAUGAAUUUAUCAUCUUGGCUUGUGAUGGGAUCUGGGAUGUUAUGAGUAAUGAGGAGCUCUGUGAAUUUGUUAAAUCUAGGCUUGAGGUAUCUGAUGACCUGGAAAAUGUGUGCAAUUGGGUAGUGGACACUUGUUUACAUAAGGGAAGUCGAGAUAACAUGAGUAUUGUACUAGUUUGCUUUUCAAAUGCUCCCAAGGUCUCAGAUGAAGCAGUGAGAAAAGAUUCAGAGCUGGAUAAGCACUUGGAAUCACGGGUUGAAGCAUUACUACUUAGGUAUCAAAAACCUUAUAAAACGACAUGGAUGGACCUAGAAAGUAUUAUGCUAAAUGAAAUAAGACCGAGAAAGAAAUUAUGGAGAAGUCUGGUGAGGAAGGAAUGCCUGAUCUUGCCCAUGUCAUGCGCAUCUUGUCUGCAGAAAAUAUCCCAAAUUUGCCUCCUGGGGGAGGUCUCGCUGGCAAGCGCAAUGUUAUUGAAGCUGUUUAUAGUAGGCUGAAUCCACAUAGAGAAAGUGAUGGGGGUGCUGGAGAUCUAGAAGACCCAUGGUAGCCUUAUAAACCUUCUAAAAUGCUUUUGAUUCUGAAAAUUGGGGGAAAAAAACUUUUAAUCACAAUUUGCUUCAAUACAAGGGAAACAUAUUCUUGUGGAUUCCCACCGUUUUGUGAUAUGAGCAGAAAAUCAUUAGCAUUUCCCACCAUUUGUUCAUAUUUGUGUUUUCUGAUAAUUGCCACUUGUAGCAUUGCCUGUACUGCAGUAUUUUUCGCCAACCUCAGGCAUACUGGUUACACCUGUAUUGAACUUUGGGCCCUAGGAACCAACGGAGUGAUUUCACCACAAAUAACAAACUGUGCCCAAGGUGCAUGGGAAUAUAGUUAGCUGUACUCUGAAGAUACAUUAUGUUUUCGUUUUUGUUUUUGUUUUAGACAAGACACACAACAUAUAAGCAUGUAAGAGUAAAGAAUUGUAUGGGAUGCUCCUUUCUCAGUUCACCACGUUGGAAGCCUUUUGCAGCUCUGUGGCUUGAGAUUUCCUUUGAGCAAUUUACUAUAGGAUAUAUAUUUAUUAUUAAUUGUUAUUUAAUUUUUUUUUUCUAAUUUUACCUGUAUUACCAAACUGGGUUCUCCGAUAAUGUCCAAAUUGUAAUGUUGCCUGCUUCAAGAUAAAGUGUAUUUGGCAAUAAUAUUAUAAACCCUCACAAAUUUUAUGCAUGUAUCUACUACAUCCUUCAACUCUCACUAGAAAAUCUUUUGAAACCAAAUGGGUUAAUUUAUGGCUAUUUAUAAUUUGCUUUGACAUCUCACUGCUGCAAAUUUUUUUAAAUGAUGAGAUUUUGCCUUUAUAAUGUAAAUUGUGAUUUUUGUUUUACAUGUGGGUUUCUAUAGUUUUACUUUUUCAGCUUUUAAGAUACAAGUUUUGUGUGUAAUUUGGUAUAAUUUUUAAUUGUUUACGUUAUUUUAAAAGCUCAGAAUAUCACAUUGAAAUGACUAUAAAUACAUUUAAAAUUAUCUAUUUUAGAUCUAAGGAAAUAUUACAGAGAUAUUUUCAUGGGUUCAGUAACCUUUCAUUUUAUAACAUUGGGCACGGUACAGAGUGGCUAUCACAUAAGGUACUUGAAGAUUAUUUUAAUUCUAUUUUUACAAUAACCUUGAAUUCUUGAAUUCUUUUGAGUUUUGCAUGUAGUAAAUCCAAUUAAUGCUGAACAUGAAGAGUAAAAUAUUUAUCUAAAAGAAGCUAUUGGGGUAGGAGAAGCAAUGAAUGUAUCCAUUUGUACAUGGUUUACAUGUUGUGGAUGCUUUGUAAACAUUAUCCUAUAUGUUUAAAUUGUGUUUCAGCAGGAUGUAAUUGCCCUUGUGUGUAGUUAAAAUGAGUCGUCAUCUGGUCCUGUGUGAAAUGGAAUUCAUGAUAUUUUCUGUAACAUUUUCCUGAAGCUGUUUCUGGAGAGCCACACCAUUUGAAUACAGACAGCUUUCCUGAUCAUUUGAUUUAUUGUGCACCUGAUUUUUGGUCUAAAGGAAUUAUUGCCACAAUAUAUUUUAUUUAUUCCUUAGAUUUUAGCCUUGUAAGUUAAAGUGCUUUACAUGAUGAUGUUAAAAGCUAUCUGUCCCUUUACCGGGUUUGGGGGGUUGUAAAAAGAUAGGGAAUGAAGAAUGCAAAAUGGUUUAUUGUUCAUACUGCCCACUCUGAUCCAACCCUGUACUGAUAGUACCUUUCCAGUAAGAUAUUGUGAUGUUUCAUACAAUGCAGUGAACAUAACCAACUUGUUACCUAAAUAAAGAAUUGAUAAAAACAGUG